GACCAAUAUAAACUGAUGGUGGACAGGUACACAGGCUGUGAGAUCGUGAUGGGGAACCUGGAGAUAACUCAGAUGGAACACACUCGAGAUUUCUCGUUCUUGCGGUCUAUAAGGGAGGUGACAGGCUACAUCCUGAUUGCAAUAAACCAGUUCCCUCGUUUGCCACUGGAUCACCUGCGUGUGAUCAGAGGGACGUCUCUGUACGAAGGCCGCUUCGCACUCGCAAUACUCGUCAACUACCAGAAAGAUGGAGUAUAUGGACUGCAGGAGCUGGGCCUCACACACCUCACAGAAAUUCUGGAGGGGGGUGUCCAGAUCAUCCAGAACAAGUUCCUGAGCUAUGGCCCUCAGGUCAACUGGUACGACAUUGUGAAGGACAGUAAAGCAGAAAUCAUCAUCAGUGACAAUGGACCACAACGUGCAUGUCAUGAAUUGUGUGGUGGUCUGUGUUGGGGGCCUGGAAAUGACACCUGCCAGAUCUUGACUAAAACAGUGUGUGCUCCUCAGUGUAACGGACGCUGCUUUGGACACAGCCCUAGUGAAUGUUGUCAUAUUGAGUGUGCAGGCGGCUGCUCUGGACCUCUGGAUACCCAAUGCUUUGCAUGCAGAAACUUUAACAACUCUGGAUCCUGUGUGCCUCAGUGUCCCCAGGCCCUCAUCUAUAACAAACACACCUUCAAACUGGAACCUAAUCCCAGUGCCAAAUACCAGUAUGGCUCCAUCUGUGUGGCCCAGUGCCCACCGAACUUUGUGGUGGACGGGAGCUCAUGUGUGAGUAGCUGUCCUUCUGAUAAGAUGGAGGUGGAGAAGGCAGGAAUGAAGAGGUGUGAACCCUGCGGUGGACUGUGUCCAAAAGCAUGUCGGGGCACUGGGAUGCGUGAUAGGCAGACGGUCGACUCUCAGAACAUUGACAGUUUUAUAAACUGUACUAAGAUCCAGGGGAGUCUCCAUUUUCUGGUCACUGGCAUCAAAGGUGACCCAUAUAACAACAUCACUGCCCUCAACCCCAAAAAACUGCAAAUCUUCAAGACUGUAAGAGAAAUCACAGAUAUUCUGAGCAUCCAGUCAUGGCCUGAAGAGCUCAGUGAUCUGUCAGUCUUCUCCAAUCUGGCAACAAUACAAGGCAGGACCCCCUACAGAGGAGUCAGCUCAAAGAGAGGUUACUCUUUACUGGUGAUGAAGAUUCCCUCCCUGACAUCUUUGGGCCUGCGUUCACUAAAACGUAUCAGUGAUGGUGGUAUUUACAUCACUGGGAACAGCAGGCUCUGUUAUCAUCACACUGUAAACUGGACUCGACUGUUUGGCAGUGGGCCCAGAGCACAGCGCCGCCAGAAAGGCCUGGACAUCAAAGACAACCGACCCAAGGACGAGUGCAUUCAUGAAGGGCACGUCUGUGACCAACUGUGCUCCUCUGAGGGCUGCUGGGGUCCGGGCCCGGACCAGUGUCUGUCCUGCAAGAACUUCAGCCGAGGAGGAGCCUGUGUACCAGAAUGCAACUUCCUCUCAGGUCAGAGACGUGAAUUUGCUGGGCCAAAGGGAGAGUGUUUGCCUUGUCACUCUGAGUGUGAGAUGCAGGAAGGCCGACACACCUGCACUGGUCCAGGAGCAAAUGAGUGUGUAGCAUGUGCGCAUUUACAGGAUGGUCCUCAUUGUGUGUCAUCCUGUCCGGAUGGCGUGAUGGGAGAGAGAGGACUCAUCUAUAAAUUUCCAAAUGCCCAGCGUAGAUGUGAGCCCUGCCACAGCAACUGUACCCAGGGAUGUACUGGGCCAGGCCUGAGUGACUGUGGGACAAGGAGCAUCUCUAGGCUGCCGGUCACUGCAGUAGUACUGGGUGUGAUAGCAGUUGUGGUCUUGGCCUUAUCCGUAUUUGUGUUGAGUGCUUUGUACCGACGCAGUCUCGCCAUCCGCCGCAAACGUGCCCUGAGAAGAUACCUGUACAGUGGAGAGUGUUUUGAGACUUUGGAUCCUGGGGAAAAGGGGGUGAAAGUUCAUGCUCGGAUUCUGAAGACAUCAGAACUGAGGAAGAUAAAGCUUCUGGGCUGCGGAGUGUUCGGUUCUGUUCACAAGGGUACAUGGAUCCCUGAAGGAGAUACAGUUAAGAUCCCUGUCGCCAUUAAGACAAUUCAGGACCGCACUGGCCGACAGACCUUCCACGAAGUCACAGAUCACAUGCUGGCCAUCGGCAGCCUGGACCAUCCAUACAUCGUAAGGAUUUUAGGAAUCUGCCCAGGUGCCACUUUACAGCUGGUGACCCAGCUCAGCCCUCAGGGGUCUUUACUGGAACACAUCAGGCACCACACAAACAGCCUCAACCCUCAGAGACUGCUCAACUGGUGUGUGCAGAUCGCAAAGGGUAUGUAUUAUCUGGAGGAGCAGAGGAUUGUGCACAGGAACCUGGCUGCACGGAACAUCCUUCUGAAAAGUGACUUUAUGGUACAGAUCGCAGACUAUGGCAUUGCUGAUCUACUUUACCCUGAUGACAAAAAAUACUUCUACAAUGAAGUUAAGACACCAAUCAAAUGGAUGGCCCUAGAAAGCAUCUUAUUUCGCAGGUACACACACCAGAGUGAUGUAUGGAGUUAUGGUGUGACUGUGUGGGAGAUGAUGUCAUAUGGGGUGGAGCCAUAUGCCUCUAUGCGGCCACAGGAAGUACCAGACCUGCUGGAAAAGGGCGAGCGUCUCUCUCAGCCUCAGAUCUGUACCAUAGAUGUCUAUAUGGUUAUGGUCAAAUGCUGGAUGAUUGAUGAGAACAUACGACCAACUUUUAAGGAGCUCGCCAGUGAAUUCACUCGCAUGGCCAGAGACCCUCUCCGAUAUCUUGUUAUCAAACAAGGUGAUUGUGCACCUGUAGAUUCCCCUCCUGACGCCCUUCACCACAGAGGGACAGAGCUAGACAUCCUGGGGGCGGGGCUAGAGGACCAGGAGGAGGAGGAGGCACUUGACGAUGGCAUGGCCACACCUCCUAUGUACAUGUCACCAUCUAGGAGUCAUUCUCGCCUGCGUGUGGAUGGCUGCAAGGGAAGUGCAAUGCCAUCUACUCCUGCUGGAUACCUCCUCAUGACUCCAGGUGUAGACAGCAUGUCACAGGUGGGCUUGCCCUCUCGGUCACGACUGAAUUCUGCUCGUACCAUCUCUGAAAGCUCAGAGGGGCGGGGCCCAGUGCUGGAGCUGGAGAUGAGAGAAGACUUCCUUGGGGGUGGGAGUCUGAGAAGACCACGACAACGUGAAGACAGUGCCUACAUGUCCCAGAGAGACAGCCUAUCGGUGCCUCCAGACACGCCCAUUCCAGACACGCCCUCUCCAGGCACUGAGGGAGAGGAGGACCAGUACGGAUAUGUACUCCCAGGACUGACCGAUGGACCUGAGAAAGAAACACUUCUCUUCCCAUCACCCCAUAUGAUGCGGCCAAACAGAGCAUCAUCCAAGGGUCCGGCAGAUGAACAGCUCUUCCUGGAGGACCUUGAAAAUGCUGAUGAUGAAUAUGAGUACAUGAACAACCAGACACUCUCACCUAGACCCACAGCCAAGCCAAAGCAAACACCUUCAUUUGCAUCCUGCGAUACCACUGCUUAUCUAGCCAAGGGCACUGCCAGGCCUCAAGACUGGAACCAGAUGAUGGCCAGGUCAUCCAUGGAGGGAUCAGAGAGCAGUGGAAGAGUGUCCCUGUCAUCCUGGGAGGACCGGAGUCCAAGUGAGGAUGUUGAGCCUCCGUCCAGUGAUGCAGAGACAGCUGAAGCAGAGCUGCAGGAGGAGAUGUAUGAAUACAUGGAUAUUUGCUGCUCUGGAAGGCAUGGGGAACGCAUGAAAGCUGAUGACCAAUUCAGACAAGACCUUCCCAGAGUGAAAGCUGAAGCUGUGGUUCAUAGACAGAUUGAGAUGGAUGGAGUAGGAGCGGAAGAGAAGGGUGAGUACAUGGAAGAAGAUUAUCAGUACAUGAACCGCCAGCCCAGGCUGAGACAUGCUUUUAGGGGACAAGGACUGGACCAGUACAUGAACCGCCAGCCCAGGCUGAGACAUGCUUUAAGGGAACAAGUACUGGUUAGACAGGAACCAGAUGUCUAUGAAUAUGAGCAGAUGGACGCCUUGAGGGGAGGUGCAGCCUGUGGAGCGAAGCUAAUGGUGGAGUACCAGAAUCUCCAGGAGGAAGAUGAAGAGGAGGGGCCAGAAGCUGUCAAGCUGCUGGAAAAGCCAAGGCUAGGGGUCAGGGUAUAUGCAGGGGCAGGGGCAGGGGAACAGGAAGGCGAUCGCUCUUUUGACAACCCAGACUACUGGGCAAGCAGAGUUUUUCACAAACCCAGUGCUGUGCCUACAUAA